AUGUCAGGGAAGCGUAAAAGAGCAUUGGAACGUGGGGCUAAGAUUGAUUUAGCUUUUCAAGCAUUGUCUGUUAUUCCUAAACCCUCCGUAAGCUCCAUUGCAAGAAAAUUUGGAAUCUCUCCGUCCACCCUUCAAUUUAGAGUGAAUGGGGGCCAGAAUAGAGUUGCAGCUCAUGAAGAUCAGAUGCCAGUGAAGCUAAUCCAAGAAGCAAUGCUUGCUAACUGGAUUUUAAGAAGUAGCUUUGAAGGUAGACCUGUUAGUCGUAGGCAAUUGAUUGGUUUUGCUGCUGAAAUUGCUAUCGCAAAUGGCUAUGAGAAUAAAUUGCCACCAUAUUGGGUGAAAAAAAGCAUUGCUAGAUCAUACGGUAAGGCUCUUCGAGAGGACGAGGUUUCACCAGAAGAUACUUGGAGUAUAGAGGAGACGGGUCUAAAAACGGGUCAAGGUAGCAACGAAAUGGGAGCUAUAGAAUUACCAAAGUUAAGAAAGGCUUCAAAUGGUAAACAGUGUGACGAAGCUAGGAUAAUUGAUAAUGUCGGGAAAACGACUAGUUCACAACUUACGAAGGCGAUGAACCCACUCGAUCCGGAAACUCCUCCCAAUGAAUGUCUAACCAUUGAAUUCACAAGUCCCAAGAAACCAAAAGAGGCAUAUAAGAGUUUGGCUAGAUUGACUGAUCAAACACUUUCUCCAAGAACCAGAGCGGAGCAUUCGUGGAACAUUUGUCGGUUUAUGGAAAAGCAGGUAACAGAAAUCUAA